AUGGGGGAGUACAUAAAAAACAAGCUCUACUUCGCAACCUUGGCGGCAGGUCGAAGAGAGGCAAGGAGUACAUCGGAUAUUCACUUCUUCAGUACCGACAAUGAGCUGGUAUAUAACAACUUUUAUAACGACUUUGGUCCCUUGAAUUUGGCCUGCUUGUACAAAUACUGUUGCACGGUUAAUGAGAAAUUGACAAGUCCUACCAACCGGAAAAAGCAGAUUGUCCACUACACAUCGCAGAAUCAACAGAAAAGAGCAAAUGCUGCAUUCUUGAUAGCUUGUUACGCCAUUCUCUACUUGAAGAAGUCACCCAAAGAGGCUUACAAACCUCUGAUUGCAGCCAACGGACACCCGCUGAGACCUUUUCAAGAUGCUUCGAUGGGGGUCUCCAUUUAUAACAUUAAACUGCUAGACUGUCUAAAUGCCAUCCACAAAGCGGCAGCGUUCGGUUUCUUUAAUUUCGAUGACUUUGAUCUUGCCGAAUAUGAGAAAUACGAGCAGAUGCGGAACGGCGAUCUGAAUUGGAUGGUUCCGCAAAAGUUCUUGGCAUUUGUUGGCCCCAGUACGGAGCUUGGAUCGGUGUAUCAUCCUCCAGAGCGAUAUCUUGAGUACUUCCAGAAAAAUAACGUCAUAGCUGUUGUUAGACUGAACAAGAAAUCUUACGAGGCAUCCAGGUUCACCAGAGCAGGAAUCACACAUUACGACAUGUUCAUGCCUGACGGUAGCGUGCCUCCCAAAAGAGUACUGGACUACUUUUUGCGAUUGGCUGAGACGACCGUUGGACCAAUCGCUGUGCAUUGUAAGGCGGGCUUAGGUAGAACAGGAUCGCUGAUCGCAGCCUACUUAGUCAAACAUUAUAGAAUGUCAGCGAAAGAAGCCAUCGCCUGGAUGAGAAUAUGUCGUCCUGGUUCCGUUAUCGGACAUCAGCAAGCAUGGCUGGAGGAUAUGGAAAGCAUGCUUUGGCGGGAAGGACAACAGUAUAGGUUGAAAUACCACGGUGACGGAGACAUGAUAUUACAUCACAAGAGAGGAAUUUACUCAAUGGCUAAAAAAGUGGAGAAGCAGCUUGACCAGGCUCAUGGUACUAACCGUUUUGACGCCACGCAUUUCAACAAACUUUUAGUGGAAAACAACUCUGGCAACACAACAGACCUGGAACUACCAGUCAUAGCGGAACGGCGAAGACACAACGUAGCUUUGACCAGAACGAGUAAACCAGGCUUAGCUAGUAUUCUAGGUAAAUUAUGUACGGUUGGAGGUAGCACGCCCUUCAACUCCGACAAAAACUCGCAAAUAGGACGAAAAGGAGCUUCAGAUGCAGUGAAUUACAAAUCAAAAAACAAUGGCAACCUCCACUGCCUGACACAAGGAGACCGACUGAAUGAGAUAAAAAUCAAUCGUAACAAACUCUCAGUUAACUCUUUGCUAUUCUCAAGGAACAACGUCGCCCCGCCACCGCAGUCUAACUCCGCAAAGAGAUUACAACGAAGGAAGUGA